CGUUCAUCGCCAAGAUCCUCAUUUUCUCCUGUCGGCGGCUGCCUCUGCUUACCGAAAAGCCCUAGCGCCAUGUUCGCCCGAUCCGCCUUUGCUCGCCUGCCUGCCCGUUCCAAGGCUGUGUCGUCCCAGCUCCGUUCGCUUGCCACGGCAAACACCAGCAACGCCGAGGGAACCUUCACCCCCGACGGAAAGCGUGUUGUCACCCUCAUCCCCGGUGACGGUAUCGGCCCCGAGAUCUCCAAGUCGGUUCAGCGAAUCUUUGCAGCGGACAAUGUGCCCAUCACUUGGGAAGAAGUCAGUGUCACUCCCGUUCUCAAGGACGGCAAAACCGCCAUUCCCGAUGAGGCGCUCCACUCCAUCAACCGCAACAAGCUUGCCCUCAAAGGUCCUCUUGCCACCCCUGUCGGAAAGGGCCACGUCUCCCUGAACUUGACCCUCCGAAGAACCUUUGACCUCUUUGCCAAUGUUCGCCCUUGCCAGUCCAUUGUUGGAUAUAAGACUCCCUUCGACAACGUCAACUCGGUUCUCAUCCGCGAAAACACCGAGGGCGAGUACUCGGGUAUCGAGCACCAGGUUGUUCCCGGUGUUGUCCAGUCCAUCAAGCUGAUCACCCAGAAGGCCUCGGAGCGCUGUGUGCGGUAUGCCUUUGAGUAUGCGCGCACUACCGGCCGAAAAUCCGUCACUAUCGUUCACAAGGCCAACAUCCAGCGACUGUCCGACGGCCUUUUCCUCUCCACCGCCCAGGAAGUUGCCAAGGACUACCCCGACAUCAAGUUCGAGGAGAUUCUCUUGGACCGUGUCUGCCUCAAGAUCGUCCAAGACCCCACCCAGUACUCUGAUACUGUCAUGGCCAUGCCUAACCUCUACGGUGACAUUCUCUCGGAUCUCUGCGCCGGCCUUAUUGGCGGUCUUGGCCUCACUCCCUCUGGAAACAUCGGACUGAAGGCCAGCAUCUUCGAGAGUGUCCACGGAACCGCUCCCGAUAUUGCUGGCAAGGAUCUGGCCAACCCCACCGCUCUCCUUCUCUCUGCCACCAUGAUGCUCCGUCAUAUGAAGCUCGAGGAGCACGCUGACCGCAUCCAGAAGGCCGUCCUCAGCACCAUCGCCGAGGGCAAGGUUCUCACAGGCGAUCUUGGCGGCCGAUCCACCAACACUCAGUUCACUGACGAAGUCAUCCGCCAUCUCUAAUUUCGACUCGAGGCUUUCCGCGUGUAGUUACACAGCCGGAACGAGCAAUAUGAUCCCGUAGACUGAGAAAUACAUCUCUAUUCGCUCAACAA